AUGUCAGACGCCCCGUUAUACUCACAGCUUCCGCACCAACGAGCCAUCCGCUUAUUGCGCAUCAAAUCAGGACCCGGCGAAGAAGUCAUUCGGAUCACCCUCGAAACUUUCGACCUCAAUUCGAAUACACAAUUCAAAGCGCUCUCAUAUGUCUGGGGAGAUGCAACAUCGCCAUGCGAGAUUAUAUGCAAUGGGCACAAAAGGCCGAUCACACGCAACCUUUGGGGUGUCUUUUUGCAACUACGAAAACAGAGGUUUGAUUGCCGACUGUGGGUAGACGCUAUCUGCAUCAACCAGAAGGACGAAGAAGAGAAGAGUUUCCAGGUGGCUAUGAUGAGAGAUAUCUACAAGAGCGCCGCGAAGGUCAUAUUCUGGCUUGGAGAGCAAGAAAGCUACGAUGAAGCUGCAAUCAAUCUGAUGAGAAGUUUUUCCAAAAGGUAUCCGCCUCGGCUGGAUCUGGAAUCACACAGAGGGAAGACUCUGGAGGAGCUGGGCCUUUCUUCCAUUGACCGCGGCUGGACUGGAUGGGCCUCCUUGUUUUGUCGCCCAUGGUUUGGACGCGUUUGGAUUGUACAAGAGUUCCUCAACGCAAGGAAUUCCGUAUUUAUGUCCGGUGCACUGGAGAUUCCCACUGAAUUGCUAGUGCAUUGCGGGCUCGCUACUGGAGUGUGUGCUGCAAUCGGAGGAGCUGUUUCAUGGCACAACAAAGAUGCUCGUCAAGCCCAAAGAGCUAUCUUGAGACUUCAAGCUCUGGGGAUCUACCGUGAGAUAGGAGAUGAAUAUCGCGUUCGAAUCUUCGAUCUAUGGUGCAGGAGCCAGCAACUUGAAGCCACAGAUCCUCAAGACCGAGUUUUUGCACUCUUGUCAACACAAAAAGCAGUGAAGAUGGACAUGAUCGAUUACCGUAAGGGUGAAGCUACAGUCUAUACAGAGAUUGCAGCGCAGGCUCUCAACAUACCAGUUCCCAGGAUCACACGGGAUGGAAAGAUAGUUCAGGCAUCGGAGUACCAACUUCAGAGGUCUGACUUGCACCGAGUCAGCAGGUUCUUGGCUUGUAAGUUUCGCUCUCCACAAUCAUCAAACUUACCAAGCUGGGUGCCGGACUGGAAGCCUAUUGGAUUCAAUUUCGUUCCCUUGACGCGCUAUUUUACUGGCACUGCAUCUUUUGAACUCCCUUACGACCACGCUGUUAUCGAAAAUAAAGCAUUGUACAUAUCAGGAAUUAUCUUGGACGAACCUCACGUCAUUAUUGAUUCGAGGCCAUAUUUGGAUCUGAGUCGACCACCAGUGUUCGAAACUGAUGCAGAUGCCCCGAGCUUGACCAGACAUAUGUUGAAUUGGAUGUAUAUGUGCUAUAUGGUAGCUGUAUUGACUCUUCCACGUUCAGUCGAGAACGUCCGCUUUGGAAGAUUUUGCCGUGCAAUGUAA